GUUUUAGCCAUAAAAUAGAAUGGCAUCCCAAUUGACUCUCUUGGAGGUCUGGGCUAGCCCUUUUUCACAGAGGGUGAAAAUUGCCUUGGCUGAGAAAGGUAUAGACUUCGAAAUGAAAGAAGAGAACUUGCUUAAUAAGAGUCCUCUGCUUUUAAAUAUGAACCCUGUUAAUAAGCAAAUCCCAGUUUUGAUCCACAAUGGGAAACCAAUAUGUGAGUCCCUCAUCAUUGUUCAAUACAUUGAUGAGCUCUGGAACCAUAAAUCUCCAUUGUUGCCUAGUGAUCCUUACAAGCGCGCCCAAGCAAGGUUCUGGGCUGACUACAUUGACAAGAAGAUAUAUAGCAUUGGAAGGAGUUUAGUUUUUACCAAAGGUGAAACUCAAGAAACAGCGAAAAAGGAGCUGAUAGAGUGCUUCAAAGUGUUGGAAGCAGAGCUUGGAGAGAAGACUUAUUUUGGGGGAGAGACCUUUGGUUUUGUGGAUAUUACACUUAUACCCUUUUACGGUUGGUUUCACGUCUACGAGACUUAUGGCAACCUUAGCAUGGAGGAAGAGUGCCCUAAAAUUGUGACAUGGGCUAAAAGGUGCAUGGAGAAGGAGAGUGUGUCCAAGACUCUUCCAGACCAGUACAAGGUCUUUGACUUCAUCACGGAGAUGGCAAAGAAGUUUGGUGCUCAGUGAUAACUUCUUUAAUUAUAAGAAAAAGAUAUAGAAAUUAUGUGAUGGUGUUGAUUACUAUUUGGAAUUCUCUCUCUCUUGUAAUCUUUUUUGUCUUUCUACUUCUUCUUUGUUGAGAGGUGUGAUGUUUUUGUUACAUUUAUAAUAAAGGACUGUACAAUAAGGACUUCAUGUUAUGCACUGCAGCAAUGAGAAGAAAAUACAAACGAAAUAGUUACUUAUUUCUUGCUUUAAACACUUUUCCAUUAUCAAUUCAAGACAUUUUUGGGAUUCCGAUCUUUUGGUUCAAGUACUCUUUUCUUUUCUUAAAUAAAGCAUCUGCUAAGCUAAGUC